GUUCAGUCAUCAGCACGGGUCUGCGUCCCGGGUGGCCCGCACGGCUGUCGGCGCCGGCGGCUGCUAUGGUAACGGUGGGACUCGGCCCCGGUUUGAGUAGUGCAGCCUCACUCCCGUUGGCGCUGGUCGGUCGAGGCCCGGCCUCCUCUCCUCAGCUCCUCAAGGGGGAGCCGUCAUGUUCCAGGCCCGUGACCAGGACACGCGAGCAAGGGACAGUCAAACCAAGUAUAUUCAGAGCACUGUUGCAAAUGUGGAAAAACACUUUGGUGACUUGUGCAGCUUAUUUGCAGCCUAUACACGAAAAACUGCAAGACUGCGUGAUAAAUCUGAUCUCUUAGUUAAAGAACUCCGAGAGUAUGCUGAUACAGAAACACCUCAUCUAAAAUAUGGCCUGAGUAGUUUUGCAGAUCAUUUUGCUUUAAUUCAGGAUUAUCGACAUGCAGAGGUUGAAAGGCUAGAAGCUAAAGUCGUGGAGCCCUUGAAGAAAUAUGGUUCUAUUACGAAGUUGAAAAGGGAAGACCUCAAGAUCGCUACAGGUGCUAUAAAACGUGAAUCAAAGCAAAUAGCUCACGUUGAGAAGAUGCGUCUGAGGAAUCCCUCUGAUCGUCAGAUUGUUGCUGAAAAUGAAUUACAGAGGGUCACGAUGGAUGCCACUCGCAUUUCACGACAGCUAGAAGAAACUAUUGAUGAUUUUCAAGAAGAGAAAAUUAAAGAUAUUAAGAAGAUUUUUGGAGAUUUAAUUACAAUUGAAAUGGCUUUCCAUGCAAAAGCUUUGGAAGUUUACAGCAAUGCAUAUCAGCAUGUACAGAAUAUUGAUGAAGAGGCAGAUAUGGAGAUUUUCAGAAACACGCUUCAUUUACACAACAAUCAAGCACGUCUAAGCAUUGUGUCUGCCAAUUCUGCAAACACGAUGAAUGGAACAAAUUCAGCACUAGCUAUGUCAGGAACCUCUAAGCAACAAGUAUGUAGGAUUAAAAAGGCUGAAGAUGAUGACGACAGCGAUGAUGAGGAGGAAGAGGAUGAUGAUGAAGACGAGGAGGAUGAGGAAGAUGAAGAAAAUUACAGAAGAAGCUAAUUCUGAUUUUUUUGAUUUAUGCAUAUAGUAUAUUUGGUGUAUUUCAUUGAUUGAAAAUUGUCCAGCCUUACAAAUUUAAGAACUCUACAAAAUAACACUGCCAAACACAUCUUUCAUUUUACUAUGCCAAAAACAUUACAUGUAAACAGGUUAAUUAAAACUCAUUAAAUAGUAAUUUUAUAUACAACAGGUGUGUUAAAGUUAAUCAUAAAGUUCAACAAUAUAUUGCACAAAUUUUUACAUUCUAAAAUUUGUAUUUUUCUUAUACAGCAAAGAUACUGCUGAUUUUCUUCACAUCAAAACAUAAUUUGAUUAUACAUGCAGUUAACAAACUUGUUUCCCCCACCCUCCCCAUAUCAAGAGAUCUAUAUCGAUGAUGUAAGUGCAAUAUUCGAGUUAUUUUUUGUAUGCCUUAAUAGAGGCCAGAUGAUCAUUAACCUGAACAUAAGCAACAUAGAAAGAGCCUAGCAUUUAUUAGCCCUCUAUAAUUCACUCAAGAUGGGGAUUCUUAGAGGUAGCUACACUCAGCCAAUGGAUUUACUUCAGAGGGCAAUUAACAAUGGCAUCAGUGUGGUGUAUUGUUUGGUGUGUUUACCAGUCUGGGUAAGGAUAGCAGAUUUCCUUCCAGAAGAUAAAUAAUAAUCCAUUUGUGUUUUAUAACUAUCCAGCAAUUUCAUAAGAUUUUUCCUCACCUACUGAUAUUUAAUGACUUUUAUUUUAAAAAUAAUGCAAAAUUCAGAUUCUCAGAAUGUGAACUGGUAUUUAGAAACAUAGAAAACCUACAGCACAAUACAGGCCCUUUGGCCCACAAAGCUGUGCCGAACACGUCCUUACCUUAGAAAUUGCCUAGGGUUACCCAUAGCCCUCUAUUUUUCUGACCUCCAUGUAUCUGUCCAGGAAUCUCUUAAAAGACCCUAUCGUACCCGCCUCCACCACUGUCGCCAGCGGCCCAUUCCAUGCACUCACCACUCUCUGCGUAAAAAAACUUACCCCUGACAUCUCCUCUGUACCUACUUCCAAGCACCUUAAAACUGUGCCAUCUUGUGCUAACCAUUUCAGCACUGGGAAAAAUCUUCUGACUAUCCACACGAUCAAUGCUUCAGCAUUUUAGUGCAGCUUUAUUAUACCAUACAUUAUUCUUUGAAGUUACUGUGUAAACUUGUGAAUUAUUUGACAAUUAAAUUCAGAAUUCUAACAUGAAACUUCUGAAACUUGGAAGCUGACAACCCCUUGCACAGUUAUGUAUUCAGGAUCACCACCUGCUAUUUUUCUAACCAAAAUUAGUGCAUUUUGCUUGUAUCACUCGUUCUCAUUCCAGUGUAGUCCAUUGCAAAUGCUUGGAGUUCUUAAUUGCAAUAUGAAAUGUGUGAAAGAAAAUAAGCAGUCCAUUAAAUUCUAUUUUUUUCAAUUAAAAUCAAUGGUUAAAAAAAAUCAGAGUGCAGAUGGAGGCCAUACUGUUGAAAUUGUGAAUAUAUUAUUUGCUGAACCCAUUUAUGAUACUAGCACUUCCCUGCUACUAAGUGAAGUUUCCAGUACCUACACCAGUCAUACUUACUUUGUGGAUGGUAAAGUAACAGAAUUCACAGUUUUUGUUAGAUAUUUUGUUAUCAACAAACUCUUCAAAAUAAUAAAAUUCACAUUCUUCACUUACUUCUUUUGCAAU